AACCUCUGAUCUCUGAGCACGGUGCUGUCUGCUGCCAAAGAACCUCUCUGGGUUUGAGUUCUGGUGCUGCUGAGGAACAGAUGUGAGUUGUUGUGGGUAAAACAGCCGCUGAAUGCAGGCAGUGGGGGUGGAGGGUUUGUGUCCCUUUGGGAUGAGACUUGGAGGCGGCCGAGUUCCCGUGGGCUUCGUUGGUUGGAAAGCAGUGGGAAGGACAGAGCAGCGUGGGGAGGGCUGUGAGCAAACCUGCUUGCUCUCCAGCAUCCCUGCAGGUGUGUGCAGAGCCGAGAUGUGGCUGCUGUGCUGGAGAUGCCACCAUGGUGCAGGCAGCAAGUGGGAGCUGUGUGCCAGUGACAGCAGCGCCAUUCGUCACUGAGAUGCUCACCUUCUCACCUCCCGGACCAGGGAGGGCUGAGCGAGUUAUAAAUGCGGCGCCGGGUUUGCAGAGGGGAGUGAAGCCGGGACAGCAGAGCCAUGCUGGGCGCCGUGCUGCUGCUGCUGGCCUUGGCACGGCCGGCAUCCACGGAAAGCCGCAGGGCCGAGGCUCUCAAAAAGCUGCUGGAAGUCUUUGGCAUGGAGGACCCCCCGCCCCCCCCGGCCCACGUCAAACAGCCGCCGCAGUUCAUGGUGGAUCUGUUCAACGCGGUGGCCAACGCCGACGGCGUCACCAAAAACCCCGACGUCCUGGAGGGGAACACGCUCAAGGUGAGAAGAUGCGGUUCCUCUUUGUCCUCUCCAGCGUGGCCAAGAAUGAGAAGAUCCUGACGGCGGAGCUGCACCUCUUCCGUCUGUGGCCGAGAGCCGCCGAGGGGCCCAGGAGGCAUCACUUCUGCCAGGUCAGCGUGUACCAAAUUCUGGACAAGGCUGAGCCGGACUCCCCCAAAGGACAGAAGCUGCUGGCAAGCAGGCUGCUCUCACUGCAGGGCUCGGGCUGGGAGGUCUUUGCCAUCACGCAGGCUGUUCGGGAUUGGACCCAAGAUGAGAGCAGCAACCGAGGUUUGCUGGUGACGGUCCACAGCCUGGGUGGCAGCACACUCGAAGCCCCCGCCGUGCAGUUCGCAUCCAGCGGGGACCACCACGAGAGCAAGAAGCCCAUGCUGGUCCUGUUCACAGAUGAUGGGCGCCGAGGAGCAUCCCUGCCCAUGGCCGGGGUCCCAGCCUCACAGCCUCGGGAUUUCCCUGCCAAGCUGACCGGGCCGCGCAGCGCACGCUCUCUGGACCGCCUGCAGCCGUGCCAGAGGCACCCCCUGUCCGUGGACUUCGAGGAGAUCGGCUGGUCUGGGUGGAUCAUCUCCCCCCGGGGUUACAAUGCCUACCACUGCAGAGGCUCCUGCCCCUUCCCCCUGGGUGAGAACAUGAGGCCGACCAACCACGCCACCGUGCAGUCCAUCAUCAACGCCCUGAAGCUGAGCGAGGGCGUCAGCAGCCCCUGCUGCGUGCCUGACAAGCUCUACUCCAUCAACCUCCUCUACUUUGAUGACGAUGAGAACGUGGUCCUCAAGCAGUAUGAUGACAUGGUGGCUGGGAGCUGCGGCUGCCACUGAUGCAGAGAUUCCCUCCCCCAUUGCAGAGCAGCUCUGCAGGGUCUCUCUUUGGCACCGCUGUGGGUUUUUGCAGAACAAAGCAAAGGGGUGCACAGCUGUGACCCCGUUGGUGCUGGGAAGGCUCAGGGUUGGACUCAGGGCUGAUUCUGUGCAGGGUUGUGUGGGUUUUCCCACCUGUAGUGGCUGUACCAUAUGUAUAUAGUGAGAGCACUAAUAUAUGACUGAAAUCGGUGUCCUGUAAAUGUCUGUACAGUGCUGUGUUUUGUAAAGUGAACUCAGAGGAACUAUUAAACGCGCU